AAUUAGAUAGAACCACUUAAUUUUGUCUGCUUUUUCGCAUUAGUUUAAUUCUCCAACAAUCAAAUCUCGCACACCGCAUUCAUUUUAUUUAUUUUAAUCGCUGAAUUUAUUAGUUAAUUCCUGAUUCCCUUUUUCCGUCCUUGUGGAGGUGAUACUCAUACUUGCGUCCUAUAUUACUACAUAUUUUUUAGUGCGAGAAAGCUCACAUCAUUGAACUUAAAGAACAAGAGAACGAUGAAUCAAUGCAACUAAUGCCAAUUCCCGACAUUCUUCUCAACCUAGCUGAUCAAAGUGAUCCUCUCAUCACUGCAAAUAAGGUUCCUAUAGUUCCUACAUCUGCUUCUACAAUUUCACCAUCUAUUGCUUCAUCUGCUAAGAUUCCUAUAUUUUCAAAGCCAUCGUCAUCUAAAGGACGAUCAUCAAAGAGAAAGGAAAAAGCGCUAAAAGAAUCAUCUGAGAAAAUCAAAGCACCAUCAAAAGUUGAUAUGUUGUUAGUUGAUUGGGUUGAACAAGAUGAAAAGGAAAAUCUACAAAGAAUAAGCAAUGAAGAAGCACUGAUAAUGCUGAACUACAUCGGAGAACUGAAGAAGAAAGCCAUAAAGAAUUAAUGGAACUUGAUCCUGAAGAGAUAGUCCAAGGAGAAUUUUAUGAUGAUCCCCACUCCCUGAUUUACAUCAAGUUAAAGAUCUGAUCCGAAGACAUCCCAAGGAAUCCAAGAUUGAAGAUAAGUUUGAGACACCCUGGGAAAAUGUCAAGAUCGUUGUUCGUUUUCAAGAAGAUCUGCGACCAAGGAUCUGGAGGAGUGAGAAACAUAUCAAGAAGAAAGAUGAAUUAGAGCUUUAAGGAUUAGAACAUCUUGAAGGAACUGCUGCUUCAGGACAGAUAUGGAUGCUGAGGAACAUGUCUGCUGAUCAGAAUGACCCUUAUUCACAUCGUGAAAGAUUGAAAAAACAUUCCGAUUCUUCGAUCAUUGGAAUCACCUCAGUUGAAAUCCGUCAAUAUAUAUGGUUCUGUAACUAUCCAGUCAUUGAAUUUGAAAGGCAGAACGGAGUGAUUCAAAAUUCAAAGAGUCGGAAGCUGAUUUUCCUUAUGUUGUUUCCAAAGACUUAGUGCAUCUGCUCUUUGAAUACAGAAAUGUGAGAUUGAAAGACGUUCCAG